AUGGCGGAGUACCGGAUCCGGCCCUACCGCGAUGAAGACUAUGAGGCGGUGCGCGAGGUCUUCGCCACCGGCAUGAGCGAGUACGCGCCGGCGCUGUGCCUGCACGUCCUGCGGCAGCCCUGGGCGCUGCUGGCGCUGGGCUGCACCUUCGGCCUGCUGCUGGCCAGCGCCCGCUCCCUGCUGCUGCCCGUCCUGGCCCUCACCCUGCUGCUGGCCCUGGCCCGGCACCUCCUGGGCUGCAUCUGGAGCGCCUACAUCGACCGCUGCCUCGGGGACGACCUGCGGCGGGGGGUGGGCACGGUGGGCGUGCGGCCGGUCGACAACGGCGGCGGCGGCGCCACCGACGGGGAGCUGGUGCUGAAGAGGAUGUCGGUGCGGAAGGACUACCGGGGCUUGGGCAUCGCCACGGCGCUGGGCCGCACCGCGCUGGCCUUCGCGCGGCAGCGUGGCUGCCGGGCCGUGGUUCUCAACACGUUGAUGCUGCAGCACGAGGCUCGCGCCCUUUACGAGCGCCUGGGCUUCCGCCAGCACCACCGCUACGUCCUGCCCACCGCCUACGGCCGCCUGGCCAACUGCACCGUCACCACCUACCGCUACGACCUGUCCGGCACGCCCUGA